ACCAAAAGAAAGCGAGCAACAGAGAUCUAGUUGCAUUAUAGGUUGACAACAGCCCUUGUCUGUUCACCUGUGGGACACGUCUGACCUUCAUAACAGAGACGGCUCACAACAUCGAUGGAGGCACACAAAUCCUCACCAUGGACCUGAUGGGAGGAAAAACUGCAACAUUGAAAAGAGCAGAAAUCACCUGGCUGUGCUGGACUCUUCAAUGACACAGAGAGAAGCUCCAUGCUGGCAGGACACAGAGGGAUCUGAAGGAGCCAGAGCAGGAAAUCUGCUGUAAAUAUUUCUGGCAGUUCUCCCAGCAUUCUCCCGGAGAGCAGAUUUUGGCUGUCCAGGAUGAUGCAACAGAUCUUGAGAGACAUGUUUGUAGACCCAGAGCUUCUGGCAGAACUAAAUGAAGAGCAAAAGCAGAUUCUUUUCUACAAAAUACGUCAGGAGCAAGUGCGACGAUGGACAGCGUGUGAGGGACCAGAGGGAAGCUGGGAAAAUCCUCUGGUCAAGGAGAGAGAUGAAAGCAGGAAGAGUGUCCAGUGGCUGCAGGGCAGAGAUGGAGAGGUGUGGGUCUGGGUAAUGGGGGACGCUCCUGGAGACAAACCAUACGAGCUGAUUGUCAAAGAGCUGAUGGAGGAGAGAGCCAGGCGACAGGCUCAGCUAGAAGCCCAGGAGCUCUGGCGUAGAAAAGAGGAAGAAAUAAAGCAAAAGUUCAGAGAUGCUAUCACAAAGGAAAAAGCGCGCCUAGUUGCAGGCAAGUGGAAGGAAGAAGCAGAGGACAGGAAGGCAGCCAAGCAGGAAGAGGAACGAAUACGAGAGAUGCUAAAGAAACAAGAGGAAGAGGAGAGGCAGAGGGAAGAGGAGGAGAUACGACGUGCAGAGGAAAAAAGAGCGAAGGAACUAUAUAUGUCCCUUGAGCAAGAACAAAAAAAAAGUGAACAACGUGACAAAGAGUGGGAGGAACAUUUGUGCCGCUGCAAAGCAGCUGAUGAGGAGAUGACAAGAAAAGCUUGCUGGGCAAGAGAUGAGUAUAAGCGUCAGUCACUACGCGCCAUAGAGAAAGGUCAUGUAGCUGGUCUGAGUGGCCACUUCCAGAAACAAUCCCAACGCAGACACAGUACUUUCAUUGAACCAUCUGCUAGUCCGGUCUCCAGCAAUGAAGGCAGAACCAAACCCAGUCUUCAACGUGCAGAACCCCCAUUAUACCGACGAAGACAAAGUCGCAGGCACAGUACAACAACAACACAACCACUAAUGGACAGCCCAGCAUGGUUGCAAACACCACGACCUGGUUCCAGAGAGCUGGUUAUACUCUGGUUCAAUGAGGAGCAGAAACCAAAAAAAGCAGGAUAUGAAAGAAAUGGCAAGGCUAUCGCCCCAUGGUUCCACGGCAUCAUCUCUCGAGAGGACUCAGAGACCCUGCUUAUGAAUGCAGCCGUGGGCUCUUUCUUGGUACGGGUCAGUGAAAGGAUAUGGGGCUACACACUGUCUUAUCGCACUGCCAGCGGAUUCAAGCAUUUCCUUAUCGAUGCUUCUGGAGACUAUUACAGCUUCCUAGGUGUGGACCAAAACCGUCAUGCCACCCUUGCUGACCUCAUUGACUUCCACAAGGAGGAAAUCAUCACGGCUACAGGGAAAGAGCUUCUGCUUGAGGCCUGCACAAGGACCGGACUCUCAAAAGACUUCGGUGGGCUUCUCCCAUGACUCCUUAUAUGCAGGACUUCAAAGGCGAGCAUCUGCUAAUGUAACAGGGUGAUCGCUCCAUUUUAAAGAACGCAGUCCAAAAUAAAGAAGACUUCAUGUUCUGCCUCUGAUUCAAAGUGCCUUAUGAUUAGGCCCCAUUGGAAUUAUUAUUUUUGUAUUAUUUAUUUAUUUAUUUAUUGCAUUUUCUUUGCUGCUUUUUAGCUAAAAGAUGGAGAAAUCUUUUUUUUUUGAAGGAUAAUAUGUGGUAAAUGAAGCUGAGAGUACUAAUGGUUGUUGGUAGCUGACAGCUUUAUUAAUUUAUACUGGUUUUUAUUUUGAGUGGUGGGUGUCUUGGAAAAACUUAACAAACUACACUAAAAUGUAGUUUAGGUUUAGUGUUGGAAAUUCCUUAGAAAUUGAACAGAUAAGGUUUUUUAGGUUGAUUUAUUUAUGUUAGAAUGCAUGUUUAUUAAUUUGUUUGUUUAUUUAUUUAUUACUUGACAAAAAAAAAACCAUUUUAAUUUGAUUUACAGGGAAAACCCAGUAAAAUGUUAUUCAUUGUAACAAUAGUUUAUAUUUGGAUCUAAACCAUUUGAUAACAUAUUGAUCAUUUUAAAAUCUUUAUGCUUUGUCUCUGACCUGAAAACAAGUUUGACUCAUUUGUCAGCAAGGGGGUUAUAAUAAUAUUGGAUAGGAUGAUCACACACUUUUACAGAGACCACUUGAAAACUGUUUCUCUAAAUGUACUGCAUUUAUUAGGAAUGGGUUAACAUUGGUUUUAGGCCUGAUAAAAUUUUUAGAUCUAGUCAUUUAGAGCUUUUUUUUUCUUAUUAGAAAGAUAUUUCAUCAGAAUAACAAAUGUUUUCAUUUACUGUAAAUGAAAUCAGGGUUAUUCCAC